AUGGACAAUCAAGAAUAAAAAUAAUACUAAAAAUUUGAUUGGGAAGAAUAUGAAAGAAAAAGAGCAAUUGAAAUGGAGUAGUAUGAAAGAAUAUAAAAAGAAAUAAAAGAAACUUAGGAAAGGUCAAGGCAAACUUUAUAAAGCUUAGAGGUUACUUUCAAAAAUUUAGAUGAUGCUAAAGCACAAGCUCGAUAGACAGUUGAAAACAUAGAUAAUUUUAAGAAAUAGUUCAGUGAUGCUAUGGAUAAACUAUUAGACAAGAUCGGAAAAUCAAUGGGUGCAAAUAGUAUUAAAGCAGAUGAAUAAAAUCCUAAAACUGCUAAAGAAGUGACUGUUGAGUAAGCAUAAAAAUUGUUGACUAAGAAUGUGUUAAUAUUAUGUGGAGCAGGUUUAAGUCAUGCAAGUGGCAUUCCCACAUUUAGAGGCAAAGAUGGGUAUUGGACUAAAGGAACAGAUACAUACUAAUGUCAAAAAGUAUUGACAAAAGAUUUUUUAACAAGCAACCCAGAUUUAUGUUGGGAAUGGCAUAGGGACUUUUAAAAGAUGCUAAUUAAUAAAAAACCGAAUGCUGGACAUACAGCAAUUGCUAAUUAUAAAAAGAAGAAUCCAAAUACUUUAAUUGUGUCAUAAAACAUCGACAACAUGCUCACUUCUAUUUUACCACAAAAAUAAAUUAAAAAUGGUCAUUAUGAAUCAAUCUAUGAAAUCCAUGGUAAUAUCAAAUAUAUGAGAUGCUUCAAAGAAUGCACCUUAGAAUAGGAUGAGUUAGCCACUCUCUAUGAAAUGCCAGAUCUCACUAAGAAUUUAAAACCUAAAUGUCCAAAAUGUGGGGAGGAUGCAAGACCUCACAUUUUAUUCUUCGAUGAAUCCUAUACUAACGAAAAUUGUAGAUUUCAGGAGUUAUAGGAUAAAUAUUAAAACUAUGACACCAUCAUUGUAGUUGGCACAAUGCUUGAAACUGGAUGUGCUAAAUCGACUGUUUGCUAGUUUAUUAGUAAAAAGGCAACUAUAAUUGAAAUCAACCCAGAGCCUAUAAUUGAAGUUGGAAAUACUUAUCAAAUAAAGGGAAAAUCAGAAGUUAUCUUACCAAAAUUAUUGAAAUGA